AUGGCUACACAGCGUGAGAUAUUUUCCCUUGGGGCUUCCAUCGGUAACUUCUGGUUCAUGCAUUUUGGCCUUUUACAUCAUUCACAAUACCAGCAAUUGAUUCGACUGUUUACAUCGACACCAUUCAGUGGACCUUCUAACGAUCUUCGAAACGUUAUCGGAAUUAGUACCUGUAUUGACCAAGAUUUACAAGCUUUAUGUCGAGAUGGUGUGCAUCUAGCUACCUCUUACGGAGCAGAUGCCAUUCCAGAAUCUGAAGCUAUCGGCCACGUAUUAUUUGGAGAUCAAGACCGAGUUCUGCCUGAACAUCAAGUCGUUGGGAAUAUAUUGGAUCUUAUACCAUCUCUACCCAAGACUGCUGGUGCUUGA